AUGUACAAGUUCCUUGACUAUGUACUCCUCUUUGCAAUCUUUCCCUCCGUCAGGGCAUCCUGCGAAGUCCUCAAAGACGUCUCGCACACCUUCUACGGCUACCCCGACAACGACCCUCCCGGCCCAGACAUCCUCUACAACUGCGGCCGGGGCAACAGCGCCGGUGGCAUCGGCACGUACGAUGACCCACUCACCUUCGCCACAGGCACCGGCGAAUUCGAAGAGUGCGAGAUCAUCUACGUGCCCUAUUUGCAGAAGUACCUGCGCAACGAGGAUUUCUGCGCGACCUGCGACAAGAACUGGGAAAAGGGCGUCUGGCACAUCGAUGUGUGGACGGGCUCGGCCAUUGUAAACGGCGCGGAGGACCAAGUCAGCUGUGAGAAUACGCUGACUCCGUCGCCGUUGUCAAUUGUGAGGAGACCGGGACAGGCGUUGCCGGUGAAUGAGUCGCCACUUUACAGCGCAGAUGGGGGCAGCUCAUCGUGUAAUGUGGGCAAUGUUUUCAUGACAUUCAAUGGGGAGGAUUACUGUUAG